CUUUUCGGUACUGCGGCCCCACGCACUAAAUUUUUGGGGCCAACCACUCAGCAGCUGUGCCUGUGACGACCUCUACGCAGUAGGUUGAUUUACAUCCCGAGUUCCGGUUCACGCUGUCCGCUUGCCGACUUAAAUUUUAUAAGGCGUGCAGGUGCACUUUCAGAAUUGCUCGCCGGCGACGCUGCGUCGCCCUGAGAUUUGCGAGCCCCUGCAGCCAUGCUCCCCACAACAGCUGCUCCCCGCGCCUUGCGGGUAGUCAGAGGCAGGCCAGAGUUGGCGAUAUUCGGCUAUGCUGCCCUGCAGCAGCGGCCGUUGUCGUCAUCUCCAGUACAUGCGCACCGAGCCGGCCAAGUCGUCACGUUCAACAACGUCUCCUCCCCCGAACUCGCAGAGCUUCUCGAUACGUUGCGGCAAAAAGUCUUCCUCCCGACAUACCUGUCCAAGGCGCAACGGCAGAAGAUCCACGACCCCAAGUACGAGCGGGUGCUGAAGCACGACCCCAUCAUGAUGGAGAUCGACGGCGAAAAGCACCAGUUCCGCUACGUCGAUAGGAUGAAGGAGAUGCCCAACACGGUGGCCACCAUCAGGCGCGUCAUCAACGCCAUGAAGACCCGGGCCGACUUCGACAACGUGUUCCCGCUGCUGGAGGGGUGCCAGCGGGCGCGGCGCCGCCUGCCGCCGAGCACCUGGCCCAAGCUGAUCCGGCGAGCCGCGGAGCACGACAACCUGCGGGUGAUCAUGGACUGCGUCAAGGAGGUCGAGGAGACGGGCUUCAGGCUCAACACGUCCGAGAAGGUCGCCGAGCUGCUCUCCCAGUUCCAACGGCCGGCCAUCGAGUCGGGCUUCGACCUGGCCAAGACCACGUACGCGCUGCGGCAGGUCAACCUGGUGCUCAACAUCCUCGAGGGCGACCUCAAGACGGAGCAGCACAAGCCCACCCGCGGCGCCGGCCGGUUCCCGUUCUACCGCGACCCGCAGAUGCUGGCCGUGCGGCUGCACCUGGCGGCCGCGCUGGCCGUGCACCACUCGGAGGGCAAGGACCCGAAGGGGAGGGUGGCCAGCUACGCGCAGGAGCUGGUCGCGCUGUGGCCCGAAAACGCGGGCCUGCUGGACCUCCAGCCGGACGAGGCGUUCCGAGACCGGGAGAAGAUGCGCUACCUGCUCGACCGCAACAACUACCUGUGGUAUGCGGCGCCCAUCCUCAACGGCCUGACGCUCGCCGCGCAGGUCGUGGAUCCGGCCCUGGCGAUGCAGCUGCAGAACCGGGCCGACGCCGUCGAGUCCGAGGUCCGGGUCGCCCUGGAUUCGCUGGAAGUGAAGGACGGACGAGGGAAGUACAUCUAUGAUAAGCUCUUCAACACUGAGGCGAAGGAAGAGGAGGAGAAGGAGACAACAGAGGCGGCCGAAGGCGCAUGAUACGAGCCGGAUGCGUGUCCAGAAUUUUUUUUAUUUCAUUUUUUCUAUGUACAUGUAGAGAUA